CAAACGUCAAACAUCAAAAACCAACAAAACGAAAACGUAAAUCAUGAGAUAUGAAAGUUUGAAGUACGAAAUUAACGUGUAAAUACAAGAAAUAGAUAUUUUGUGUUUUUUAUACUCAAACUGCCUGAGAAAAUAGUGCAAUAAUAACGAUGACUCAUCUGUAUCAUGAAAGAUAAAAUAAUUCUUUGAAAUUACAGUAUCUCAUUUGAGUUUUAGUAUAGUCUUAAAAAGAAAUAAUGUGCCUUUACUUUAAAAUUAAGAAUAUAUCAAAAUAAUAACAAAAUAUAUUUUACAAUGGAUGAACGAAGAAUAGCUGACUAUUUUGUGGUAGCAGGUUUACCAGAUGAGCCAGAACCUUUAGAUGACAACACCCUUUCAGAGGGUGGUUUAUUAAAAGCCAGUCAUGGGCAGGCCCCCAUAACUGACAUAAGUGUUAUAUUCCCCACUUUGGAAGAAACAAAACCUGAAGACUAUGAAGUAAUCACUAGAACACCAAGCGGACUUCAAGCUGAUCUAAACCAUGGCAGCUUACGAACCAUAGAAUGUUAUUUAUGUAUAAGAAGAGGCAGGGACAAACCCCCUUUAGUUGACAUCGGGGUUAUGUAUGAUGGGAAAGAAGUUCUAAUGGAAGAUGCUGAAGUUGUGGACAAAAGUGUGGGGGGAAAUGUAGCCAACGUAAACAACUCUACGAGUCAAACUUUCAUUACGUUUAGAAGGGGAUCGUCAACAAUGCCUUGUAAUGCGCUCGUAGUAACUGAUAUUUGCGUGGUUAUAGCGAGUAAAGGGGAAUCUCCACCGCAUGCGUUUUGCUGCAUAAACAAAAAUCUAAACAAGGGAAUUGUCGGCAGCGAUGUUUUUUUGUGUUAUAAAAAGUCAAUGAAUAGGGCUAAAUUGUUGUCCUACAAGCCUGGAGUUUUAUCAAGGUAUCCUCAUGUGGACCUUCCGAAUUUCCCAUUUCCGACCAAAGUGCCUUUAUUUUGUCUGCCGAUGGGUUCCACUUUGGAACUGUGGCCGAGCGAGGCGACGCGCCCCAAACCUGUUUUCAGCACGUUCGUGCUCACGGUCUCGGACGCCAAACACAAAGUCUACGGCUCCGCGGUGACGUUCUACGAAAAGUUUCCCAAAGAAAAUCUGACGGACGAACAGAGGGAACUGCUGGAAUACGAGAGCGACUCGACGGACGUGUUGAACGUCAACAAAAGCAUAUGCGUGCUGUCGCACUGGCCGUUCUCCUACGAUUUUCAAGAUUGGUUGAUGUUUUUACAUGACUUGGUGGCCAGUGGCGUGCCCCAGGCGGUUCCGAUAGAACGUUACAUCGUCCAACUAAUGGACGAAAUCCCCUUCCCCUCCCCGAGGAAUUUGCUCCAACUUUCGAAACUCGUGAUCUUAACCCAACCAGAGGACUCCCCUCUUCCCAGAAGCGCGGCCGGUUUCAAGCAACUGCUGCUCAACCUGGGCUCGGAAAAUUGCCUGCAAGUUCUGCUGCUGGCCUUGACUGAACAAAAAAUUUUGAUACACUCCCUUAGACCGGACACUCUAACGGCAGUGGCGGAGGCCGUUUCCACCUUCUUGUUUCCCUUCAAAUGGCAGUGUCCCUACAUACCGUUAUGUCCGUUAGGCUUGGUGGAAGUGCUGCACGCCCCUCUACCGUUUCUUAUCGGAGUUGACUCGAGAUUUUUCGAUUUGUACGACCCGCCAUCGGACGUCAGCUGCAUAGACUUGGACACCAACAUAAUAACAGUUGCAGAAAGUCACAGACACAUUCUAAACAUUAAACUUCUGCCUAAAAGAGCGGCAAAAUACCUAAAGGCAACACUGGACGUGUUAUAUCACGAGUUCAGAAGCCCCUUAAACGUCAACAACGAUCCCGCCUGCCAAGAUUUAGAAAUGUUGUUCAAGAAGAGGAAAAAGGAGCAAUAUCAUGAAUUGAGGAUACAAGAAGCCUUUUUAAAAUUCAUGAUAAUGAUUUUGCGCGGUUAUAAAUCCUUUUUGUCUCCUAUCACGAAGGCGCCGACUGUAGGCACCACGGACACCGACUCGCUGUUUCAACUCAACGAUUUCAUGAAGAGUAGAGAUAAGGCGCAUCAGAAGUUCUUCUCGCUUUUAAUCAAAACUCAAAUGUUUAUUAGGUUUAUUGAAGAAAGAAGUUUUGUAGCAGAUGGAGAUCAAGGUUUGGCGUUUUUCGACGAAUGCACCGAAAAAUGGACCAGCGAGGAGUUGGGCGGGCAUUUAAUUGAACUCGAUGCUGCGCACAAAAGCGACAGGACUGUUUGUGUGUUGCCGCCCGAACAAAAUGGAACUGAUCCCUAUGAAUACCCACAAUUUUUCUUGAACCCAACUUUGAUGAUAUCGAAAAAACGAAAUCAUUUUUCCAAUUUAAUUCAAACAGUUGUGCCCGGCUCACCAAUGGCAAGAAGGACUAAACAAGAGAAAAAAACUGCUCAAAAACUAGCACACGAGUACGUAAAAUCGCCGGAGAUGUGGGCGAAGUGCCUGUGCGGCACCUGCCACACCCUCUACUUCAUGGUGCUGCCCAGCAUGCUGAUGCUGAACAAGGGCAAGGAGAAGGCCAUCCUGCAGCAGGCGUACGAGCUCCUAGUCGGCGCGACCAAGCAACGAUUGGCCUGCGACGAGAUCUGCUACAGGCUGAUGAUGCAACUUUGCGGCGAACAUUCCAGGCCCCUAUUGGCCGUCAAGUUGCUGCUGCUCAUGAAAAAGUACGGCAUACACCCCAACGCCUUAACCUACGGAUUGUAUAACCGCUGCGUGUUGGACGCCGAAUGGCCAGCCCACUCGAGUUCCAGUCAGCUGCUGUGGAAAAAAUUGAGAAACGUCGUGAUGGGAGCGGCGCAUUUCAGGUGGGCCGCCAGGCGGCACGCCGCCAGGAGGUUGUCCGCUUCCACGGAAGGCGGCUCGAGCCUACUGGAUCCCGGGGACAGAACCGCCUCGCGAUCCUCGCUGGACUCGCACGAGACCAUCCAAGCGAACAGUUUCAUGGACAAGCUGGGAAGAAAGGUGGCGAGCAUAGUGCGCGGCAGCUUGAACGGCCUCGAGCACGCCGACAAGGACGCGACGGACGCGCCCGCGCAGGACGCGACCUCGGCCGAGGAGCCGAACGAGGCCGAAGCCGGCGAAGCGGCCGCCUUCGUGCCCGACAGCCCGUCCGAGUACAGGAUUUUGUCGCGGUCCGAGAGCGGCAACGACGCCAGUCUCCUGGACAAGCUGCAGAGCAGGAAACCCUGCGCGAGGACGUUGCAGUUCAGCGAGGAAGACUGCAAGGAGGACGGCGGCAAGAAUUCUCCCGGAAAAAUGUCGCCCAGAGAGGUGGUGACCGAGAACGAUCCGCUCGGCGCCUUCGAGCAACCGGAAGCGGAAGCGGCGACCGCGCGGCGGCCCGCCAAAGGCCCGGAGCCGAGCGCGCCGACCUGCCCGCCGGCCCUUUCGGACGACCCGGUGCUGUUCAAGUCUUCGGUGCAGCGUUCGGCCACGUUCGAGGGCAGCGCGCACGCGCAGAGCAAGAUCCACAGGUCGGAGACGGUGCCGGCGGCCACCGUGGCCUCCAGCCUGGCCAGUUUGGGCUCGUCGUUGAAGAUGGGAUUCGGACCGAGCAGUUACACGAGCAAAAAAUCCAACGAGCUGAUCCAGGGCGGCCUGAGCUCGAUCAAGUCGGCCGCCACGUCGAUGGCGAAGAAGCUGGACGAGAUCAAGGAGGCCAUCUCCACCUCGGCCAACUCGACGCCGGUGAAAUCGGCGACGGCAGCCGUCGGCGGCGGCGGCGGCACCGGCGACUCGCACGACGCGUCGCUGUCGACGGCGGACGCGGAAGCGACGGAGACGGUCGAAGGCGGCGGCGACCGGCGUCGGAGGGUGUCGGCCGAAGUCGGCAGCCAUCGCGGCAGCUACGCCAACCUGAAGGACGCCGAGGAGCCGCUGCCCGAUUGCCUGUUUCCGCUGCCCAGCGAGGAAAAACCAGAAAGCGAGGUGGACGUGACGCUGACCUCCUGCUCGGAGUGUCACAACUGCCAGUGCAUCCUCUACGACGAGGACAUAAUGGCGAACUGGGCGGCGGACGAUUCCAACCUGAACACGAUCUGCACGUCGUGCGGCCGCCCCACCGUGCCGCUGCUGUCCGUGACGGUGACGGGCGGAACCGUGACGCCGCGCGACACGUUCAGCGUGCCCUACCUGAACCCGCUCGUGCUCAGGAAGGAGCUCGAGAACAUCAUGACGCAAGAGGGGGACCUGAGCUUGGCCGAGUCGAACUUCAUCGACGAGCAUCCGAUAAUCUACUGGAACCUCAUCUGGACUUUCGAGCGGAUAAACGUGCAAACGCACCUUCCGAAUCUUUACAUGAAAAACGGGGGCGAGGAAGACGUUUCCGAGACCAAAAGGAAGGAAAACGAUGCUGAAAACGGAUCUAGCGAAGGGUUAAACUUAAAACCAGUUGAGGAAGGAACAGAUCCACUAACACUGGAACUAGCAGCAUUAGAACGGUUAGCGGCUAAAGUUAACGUUCGAUGUUUGUGGGACGAUCCAAAACUUCACAGUGGCGUACCACCGAUGUACGUUAUCUGGCAAAAGUUGCACGAAACGUCUCAAUCAAUAUCUCCUGAAAGAAAAACCGCCACAAAAGCUUUCAUGCAACAAAUAAUAUACAACAUUCGAGGAAACAACUUGAUUGAACCCUUAAAAACCCUGGGUAGCGAGCGCGAAAAAGAUUGUCGAAAUAAGUUGACGACCUCAAACUCCGUCUACCGAGACAUCCUGUUUUUGGCUUGCAAAGCCAUCGGACGCAGCAUGAUCGAGAUUAAUAAUUUUGACAGGGAGUACACCGCCGCCUAUACCAGGGUGACCGAAAGACAAGGGCGGAUGUACCGGGCGCAGGACAAGCCCAUAAGUUUGAACUCGCUCUACUGCAGACAAUAUUUUCGCCCCCUUACUUUGCCUUAAUGGCAUCGACUUAAUUUACGGUGACGACGGUUUUGGUUUUAUUUUUUCGUUUUAUUAGGUAUUUUGUCAACCGAAAUCUUUGCUUGUCAAGCAUUACCAAGUGAUGGAACAAUUACAUGAUACGUAUUAUUUGUUUAAUGUGCUGUUUUGCUUUAAGUCAAUUAGUUCAAGUUUAUUUUCAUCAACUCUAAAAUGUGUUUAUUUUUUAUAAAUCAUGCGCAGUGUGUUUCACUAAAUUAUGAAAAAUGUGCACUGCUUCCAUUCACUUGUAUAUUAACUUUUAUUUUAUUAUACAUACGGUAUAUUAUACCAUAUAUUGUAAGUAGGAGGACAUGAAAAAAUAAAUUGUUAUUUCCA